UGCGCCCGGCUUUCUGACUCUUCGGACUCUGCGUUUUGUGUCGCGCUGUGGCUUCCAUAGCUUCCAGUGAGAGGUGAAUUUUCGGCUUGCAGAAGAAGACAGGCUUGGACCUGGUUGGUAUCACCUGAAUCCCAUUCUCUUGGGCAAGCGCUUUGUUAACCAGUCGUGUGGAUGGCGGCCAUCAACCCAUGGGCCUCCUGGGGUGCCCUUAUGGACCAGUCCUGGGGAAUGGCAGCCAUCAGCCCGUGGGCCUCCUGGGCCGAGUCCACAUCCUGCAUCCCCAUUGCCUGCCGUGGUGUGGCCUCUACCAGCAGUGACCUGCUGCAGCCAGAGGCCAGAGUCAGGGAGCCGGCUCUGUAUCCGAGGGACCCUGCCUGGCCUGUGGAGGGGACCCCCGAGGAGGAGAGGAGGACUGGCUGGCUCCCAACAUACCAGGUCCAGCCGGAGACCCAUAAGGGAGGCCUGAGUCCUGGACCUGUGGUGCCUAGGGAGAGUCAUGCAACCAUCAACAUGACCAUUUUCCAGAACAUUUUCAUCAUCCCUGAAAGAAAAGAAACCUCAUGCCCAUUAAGCAGUCAUCUCCCAUUCUCUCUCCCCCAGCCCCUGGUAACCACUAAUCUACCCUUUGUCUCUCUGGAUUUGCCUCUUGUGACACUUCAUAUGAGAGGAAUCCCAUAAUAUGUGGUUCUUUGUGUCUGGCUUCCUUCACUUAGCAUAAUGUUUUCAAGGGUCAUCUACGUUGUAACAUGUAUCAACACUUCAUUUCUUUUUAUGGCGGAGAGACAGCCACUUUUAACUUUGUUUUCAGUUUCUUAGGGUUACCUCCGUAUUUCUAAGUGAGAGAAAUCUACUUAGAAUCUACUGAAUCUACUUAAUUCAUCAAAUUUACCUUCAUCAAAUUUACAUAUACUCUACUAAGUAAUUACCCAGCUCUGAGUGAUGAAGAAAAAUCCUUUCAUUACUAUUUUAGAUGUUUUACUGGUAUGUUAAAAUAAUGAAUCAUCCAAAUGUGAAGUACUGUGAUAUAAAAAUAGUAAUCAAGUCUCUUCCUAACUUUAUGCCUCCCCUCCAAGAUUAAAAAAAAAAAAACCCACCGUUUUAAAGCUCACAGGUGUCAUGCAGUGUCAGUAUGCCAUCACCUUGUGGCAGAGCUGUUGUCCCCAGCAAGCACAAGGGCCAGAACAUGAUAAGGGUGGUGGUUGUCUGGCAUCAGAACUUCGUGCUGUAACGUUUCCUACUUUUAAACUGUACGAUCAUUUUUAGAUCCUCUAACAAUCUUCAGGGAAGCUAGGCUAGGCUGAAAGAUGGUCCCCUGAGUCAGUCAGUUGGGAACAGAAGUUAGCAGUAAUCAAAUGCUAUGAAUACCCCCUACUAACUCCUGAGAACAUAAAUGCUGAGAAAAUAAAAAGAAUUAAAGUAACAAUACCUUCCAUUGUCUGAAGAGUUGUGAUUUCUGAGAACCUGCUCCUGGCCCCCUCCUUACACUCACUUUGGAUUUUUCCCUGUGAUAAACCCAGACUUGAAUCAUGUGAGUUUUGAAUUAGGCCUUCAGUAACACAAAUGAAAGCCCGGAGUCUCUUUCUUGUUUCCUCCAAGUUAAACAUUUACCAAAAUAAUUGCCUGGUGAAACGUCAAAUGCUGUUUAUCCAUCACUAUCUGAAUCUUGUCUGUUCUUUAAAACAUGUCGGAUGGUUUUUCAGCUAGUGGGAGCCUAGAUCGAUUAUUUUGGGGAAUAGGGAAAAUAAUGUGUUCCCCGCCCAUCUAAAAACCCCAGCUAGCCUCCCCAAAUAUCUUGACCCCUCUCUAACAUACCAGUAUGGAGUACUAUGCACUCAUCCCUGGUAGUGCUCGGGUGUGUACAGUCUAGUUAUGUUUUCCUUCUGCUCUGCAAACGGCUUGCAUGGAAAUAUUAACAAACAACAAAUACUACCUUAAAGGCCAUCUGAACUGCCCCUAGCCCCUGUUAAAAGGGAAACCCAGGUUCCAUGAAGGGGUCAGCCCUGGAGGAUUGGCAGGAAUAAGGGGACAAGAUCCCAUGGGAGCCUUUCUAGGAGACCUGCCUUCCUCUCUCACCUUUCACAUGGUGUAAACCUGCACUGACGUGUUAGCAGAUUCCAUCAAGUACUCUCAGAGCCCUAGAUGACGCUUCCACGUCUGUGCAAAGUCGUACGUUCAAGAAUGUGCAUAAGAACAUCUGCAAUUCGUUGUAGCAGAUGAUAUUGGAAAGUGGGAGUUCUGCUAAUGAGAGCUGCCUGAGGGGUGGAAGAGCAUCCCCCGCCAGCAGUGGCCUGCCACUGGUCACCCUAAAACCAAAUUACAUACUGAAACCUGCAUUACUGUCCACGCUGCCACAGAGAGCCCCUCUUCUCUGUAUGGCUGUUAGAGUAAAUGUCCGUCUCCCCCACAUCUUCCUGCCGUUUUGUUUCCCAGCCUUUUGGCUUUGCAUUUUCCUUUGCAAUUCUAGGUUGAGAGCAUUCAUAGUGUCCCUCUUGUCAUCUCUAAGACCUCUAUGAUUUUUUCAAUGCUAGAAAUGUUUCUUUUUGUUAAAUUUUUAUUUUGACAAAUUUCAAAAGUACAAAAAAAUGGUCAAACACUGUCCCAAUCCCUUGGAAUUAACAGUUAAUUUUUUAUCAUAUAUUUUGCUUUGUUUUCAUUUUUAAAAUAGUCCCCACUCAUAUUCUCUUGCCACCCCAGAACAGCUGCUCUGGUAGAUUUGGUGACACGGCUAAUCCAUUUUUAUACUCUUCUGUACAUAAUAAAUUAUAGGUAUAAUUUAGAUAUACAGUAUUCUAUUUUCUAAAAAACAACUUGUUCUACAUGUAGCUUUUCUACAGCUUUCUUUGUUCAUUCAGGGUCAACUUUGAGAUCCAUCUGUGGUGACCGAUAUAGGUCAAGUUCAUUCCCUUUGCACUGCCAGGUAGUAUCCAUCUGAGAAGUGUAACUCUUGUAUUCAUAGUUUCUAUGGAUGAGCUUGUUAUCCCCUCCCCCACCCUAAUUUUUUUGCUAUUCUAGCUGAAGUUUCAUGAACAGUUGUGUGUGUAUCACUUUGUGCACAUGUAUAAGAGUUUAUAUAGGCAUACCCCUAGAAAUAGAGUUUUGCUGGAUCUUAGGGCAUGUGUUUUCAACAUUGCUAAUGCUGCCCUCUGGCCCCCUGAAGGGGCAAAGCUGGCUCUCGCCCUGUUCGGAGAGUUCUCAUCUCCCUGCAUCCUUGCUGACCCUGGGCAUCAUGCCUUUUAGUUUUCGCUUAUAUCAAGACUAAAGAGUUGAAUUGCCUUAUUAUUUUAAUUCACAUCUUUCUGAUUGCUGGUGAAGUGAACAUUUUUUCAUAUGUUUAUUGGCCAUCUAUUUCUCUGUCUCCCCUCCCCCAACACCAAGUGUCUCUCUCAUUCCAUAGAUGUCUGUGCAUUCACAUGCAUCCUGGGUCUGGAUUUUUUGCCAUCAGUAAAUUACCUUCUCCCGGCCCAGGGCUUGUCUUAACUUUGUGGUGUCUUUUAUUGGUCAAAUUGUUUCUCAGUAAGUUUCUGUCACGUGUGUCCAUCUUUGUUAAUGACUGGUAUUUUUUGAGUUUUUUAAAAGAAGUCUUUAUUUUUUUUUUUCUAAUUUUUAUUGUGUUUUAAGUGAAAGUUUACCAAUCAAGUCAGCGUCUCAUACAAAAAUUUAUUACACCUUGCUGUGUACUCCUAGUUGCUCUUCCCUUCAUGAGAUAGCACACUCUUCUCCACCCUGUAUUCCCUGUGUCCAUUCAGCCAGCUUCUGUCCUCCAUUGCCUUCUCAUCUCCCCUCCAGACAGGAGCUACCCACAGAGUCUCAAAUGUCUACUUGAGUCAAGAAGCUCACUCCUCACUAGUAUCAUUUUUUAUCUUAUAGUCCAGUCCAAUCUCUGUCUGAAGAGUUGGCUUUGGGGAUGGUCCCCAGUUUUGGACUAACAGAAGGUCUGGGGACCAUGACCUCUGGAGUCCUUCUAGUCUCAGUCAGACCAUUAAGUCUGGUCUUUUUACUAGAAUUUGAGGUCUGCAUCCCACUGCUCUCCAGCUCCACCAGGGAUUCUCUAUUGUGUUCCGUGUCAGGACAGUCAUGGGUUGUAGCCAGGUACCAUCUAGUUCUUUCAGUCUCAGGCUCAUAUAGUCUCUGAUUUAUGUGGUCUUUUCUGUCUCUUGGGCUCAUAAUUACCUUGUAUCUUUGGUGUUCUUCAUUCUCCUUUGUUCCAGGUGGGCUGAGACCAAUUGAUGCAUUUAGAUGGCCGCUUGCUAGCAUUUAAGACCCCAGAUGCCACUCACCAAAGUGGGAUGCAGAACGAUGACACAGAUGUCCCCUGAAACCAUGGUCCCCAGGCCCCCACUACUAUGGCCUUUGAAACGUUUGGUUUAUUCAGGAAACUUCUUUGCUUUUGGUUUACUCCAGUUUUGCUGACCUCUCCUGUAUUGUGUGUUGUCUUUCCCUUCACCUAAAAUAGUUUUUGUCUACUGUCUAAUUAGUGAAUACCCCUCUCCCUCCCUCCCCCACCCCGUAACCAUGAAAGAAUAUUUUCUUCUGUGUUUGCACUACUUCUUGAGUUAAGUCUUUUUAAAAAUCGUUUCUUCCUGUCCUUUUCCUUUACAUUCUUUUUCUGGGGCCUUCUAUUACAGGGUUACUGUAAGUCAGAAUUGACUCAAGGACAGUGGGUUUGGUUUCUGUUAGACAGUGUGCCUCUUGAAUUGACUCUUGUGCCUUCUAGCUCUUCAUAGUCUAUGUCUUUUGUAUUUGUUGGUGGUGGUGGGUUGAGGUCUGGCAGGUGUAUCCUUAACCACCAUGGAGCUCUUUUUGGGGCCUUCUGUUAGAUGGUGACCCUCCUGAACUGACUGCUGUGUCUUUUAUCCAAUCCGUGUAUUCUGAGAGCUCUUCCAUGUUCUCUCAGAGAGCUGCUCUGGUAGCAUCCUGCCCAUUUUAUCCUGAAACCCCUUCUCCAGUCUGAGAUUCGAAGAACAAGAAUUACAGCUCUUUGAAAGUUGGAUUCAGCUGCUACCUGGAUUCAGUGUCUUGGCCACUGAGUUUGGUCUUUCUAAAUGCCUGUCUCCCCUACAAACACAAAAGUAGAACAUGAACCCCAUAUUAGUUUCCUGUUGUCACUGUAACAAGUUAUCACAAAUGGAGUGGCUUAAAACAGCAUGAAUUUGUUCUCUUAACGUUCUGGAGGCCAGAAGUCUAAAAUGGGUGAGUGGGGAUGUGAUCCUGCUGGAGGUUCAAGGGGAGAAUCCACUUCCUUGACUUUCUCAGCUUCCAGAGGCCACCUGUAUUCCCCAGCCCCUUCUUCCACCUGCAAAGUGCAUCACUCCAACCUCUGUUUCUGUUGUCAAAGCUCCCUCUCUGAUUCUGGCGCUCCUGCCUCCCUGUCUUCACUUACAAGAAUG